AUGGCCUCCCAACCGAACGACAACGACGACAGCGGCGGUCCGUGGCAGCUCUCCGAAGAGGGGUGCCACGUCGCCCUCACCCACUCCCACCUCGACCCCUCCGCCGUCAUGAACCUCGUCCGAAGCCCCUCCGCCGGCGCCAUCGUCCUCUUCGCCGGAACCACCAGGGACAACUUUGCCGGCAAGCCCGUCAAGCAGCUCCAGUACACGGCGUACCGCCCCCGCGCGCUCCGCACCAUGCUCGGCAUCGCGCGCGCCGUCCGCGCCGAGCACGCCCUGCGCGGCGUCGCCCUCGUCCACCGCCUCGGCGUCGUGCCUGUCGGCGAGGAGAGCAUCCUGGUCGCCGUGUCCGCGCCGCACCGCCAGGCCGCGUGGCGCGCGGGCGAGGAGGCCCUGGAGCGCUGCAAGGACUCGGUCGAGGUGUGGAAGCGCGAGGAGUUUGAGGGUGACGAGGGCGGCGUGUGGCGCGCGAACAGGGACGGCGCGGUGGGCGAGAAGGUGUCCGAGUGA